CUCUCUUUCUCCAACUUAACUGCUCUCUCUUUCUCUCUCUCGUCCCCACGGCAGACGCUACGCAUACAUUCAAGACGAUAACGAACUAGAAAUACACGGAUAAACCAAGAGUCUAGCAAAAAUGGGUCAAUCACCGUCACAGUUUAUGGAGGACAUGGAGAAGAGGUCCAACUUCACGCAGGCAGAGUUGGAACGGUUGAAGAAGCGGUUCAUGAAACUCGACAGCGACGGCUCAGGAUCCAUCGACCGAGACGAGUUCCUCUCAAUACCCCAGAUCGCGACUAACCCGCUGGCCUCACGGAUGAUCGCGAUCUUCGAUGAAGAUGGUGGAGGCACAGUCGAUUUCCAAGAAUUCGUUGGCGGUUUGAGCGCUUUCAGUAGCCGGGGUGGAAGGGAGGAGAAACUUAAAUUCGCAUUCAAAGUCUAUGACGUCGACCGGGACGGCUACAUCUCCAACGGCGAGCUCUUCCUCGUCCUCAAGAUGAUGGUCGGCAACAACCUCAAAGACCAACAACUACAGCAAAUCGUGGACAAGACGAUUAUGGAAGCGGAUUUGGACGGGGAUGGAAAGUUGAGUUUUGAAGAGUUUGCGCAGACUGUUUCGAAUACGGAUAUCGUCAAGCAAAUGACGCUCGAGGAUUUGUUCUGAUUGUUUUCGGUUCAAUUUGGAGGUCGGGUUAUGGUUUUCGUUUUCUUCGUUGAACACGAUUCGAUAAACAAGUACUAGUCGUUCCGAGUUUUGUCCUUUAGUUGUUGGAAUAGUGAGCAAAACUUCAAUCGAAUGCAUUCACG